GGGAAACAUGUCCCUAUGUUUUGUAUUUAUGAGAUCGUGUGCUUGUGAAAUUAUGGGUUCGGUGAUAAACUUUGAAUGGAUGUAAAGUGAUUUUUGGAAGUGGCAACAAUUUAAAUUAGAACUGAAAAGUGACUUGUAGCGACGUUGGAAUACGACGUUCAAAAUGUCGACAGCCAGCCUCAUAUUGAUGUCCAUAUGUGUUCUCUUGUUGACUUGCACUCACGCUAAAAUCGGUUACUUCUGGCACAUAACAGACUUCCACUACGAUCCGUUAUACUCACCACAAGGAGACACGAGAAAACAUUGUCACAGAACGGAUGAUCGUGGUAGUUCAGGGCAUCACCGUUCCCUGGGACGUUUUGGGGACUAUGCUUGCGACAGCCCCUUGGAGCUGAUCGUAUCUGCUCUCCGGUAUAUGCGCACGAGGCAUUCUGAAAAUGUCGAGUUUGUUUUAUGGACUGGUGGCAUAAUAGCUUCCAGAUAUAGUGGGAAAGACGUCGAUAGGUACCAGGCAAUUAGAAACAUGACAGAGUUACUUCGAAUGACGUUUAGCUCUCACUUCGUGUUCCCAGUACUGGGCUAUACAGACCCGGCGCCGUCGGAAACGUUAACUAAUUUAUGGAGCCAUUGGUUACCUCUGGAAGCCUUGCAAACAUUAAAAAAUGGGGGAUACUAUACAAUAGAGCAGACACAAAGCAAGCUACGGAUCGUGGCACUAAACACGAAUUUGUUUACGGUCCGUGAGCAGAAUACUGUCCACGCGCGACGGCAGUGGGAAUGGCUGGAUUCUGUUCUUGAAAAAUCUAUCGCUAAUAAAGAAAUGGUCUACAUAGUUGGGCAUGCAGCGCCUGGUUCAGAUUCUAGACACAAUAGUAUAUCUGCUGAAGCCAACGAGAAAUAUCUCCGCACUGUGCGGCGAUACGCGCGAAUUAUUGCUGGCCAGUUCUUUGGCCACUUGCAUGCUGAUACUUUCCGAGUUAUGUAUGAUAAAGAACAACCCGUAUCCUGGGCUUUCUUAGCGCCGUCUAUCAGCCCCCAUCGUGAACAAGGCGGCUCAACAAAUCCUGGUCUACGACUUUACAAGUUUGACACAGACAGCGGAAAGGUGUUAGAUUACACGCAGUUCUAUUUGGACCUUGUGGCCGCGAACCGAGCGGAUUCAGGAGCGGAGUGGGUAGCGGAGUAUAACCUCACACAGUACUAUGGCCUUCGAGAUGUAUCCGCGGAAUCGCUUCAUGGCUUGGCUGAGAAGUUGCGAACUAAUACGCCACAUGAUGCUACUUUCUUUAGCAGGUAUCUCCGGGCUUACAACGUGAAAUACGAGUACGCAGAUAAUUGCGAUGGCGCCUGCGCUCACCAACACUAUUGCGCGAUCACUUGCCUCGAGCACGUGGCCUACCAACAGUGCGUAGAGGCCACGGCAAGCGCGCUAGCUGCCUCCGGCGGAUCCGCUACGCUCAUCGCUCCGCUUGUGGCCAUCGUACUAGCCUUUAUAGCCAGUUUUAUAGUGAUAUAAAUAAAAAGUGAAAGACUUGAUAGCGAUAAGUGAAUGUGAAAGAGUUUUGAAUGUUCAUCUUGGACUGUUCGUGAUAUUUAAAGGCUUGCGCAGACGAGGUAUUUUUGACCGUGGCGGAGAAAAAAGUGCACUCCGCCAAUAAAAACUCCGCUGCGGUUUUACCGCGUACUCGACGCACACGGUGUGCGGAGAAAAGCACGCUAUGAAAGCGAAUAUUCAGAUGUUACAAUGCGGACUAAAGUCUGCCGUGUGCGUUGCUUCGGCUCGUCACACGUCAUGUUCUAUUAUUUUCGGGGACCCCCCCGUACUUUUAUCCGGUCCACUACCUGCAUGCCCGCGGUUAUACGGUACAUUUCAUCCCUCGUUUGCGUUACUCGAUACAGUUGUAAGUUAUCUAUUUUGGCGGACAAAAAAUUUUGCGGUCUAAAAUCCCUCGUCUGCGCAGGCCAUAAUUGUGUAGCUUGUUUACGUUUCAAUAUUUAUUUAUUGAUGAGGCCUAUUGAUUUAUUACGAUGUGUAUCAAAUAGUAGUUUUAAUGUAAUUGACUUCUUGCUCAUUUUCUUCGUGUAUUUUGUACUGUUCUAUUGAUAGAUAUUUUAACUACUCAAUUUUAUAUGAUUAAUCUUAGACGUUACGAUUCUUGACUUUAAUAACUUUUCAGGCGUAUUACAUUACACUAGGUCUAAAACUUAUUUUAAUGUACUAUUUAUUUAUGUCUACAAUAAACAAUUUUUAUAAAUUGAAAUAGGCAAAUUACAUAAUUCAGACUUGUAUGUAGUUUUAAGUAGGAUAAACUAAAAAUUAAAAACUUAUAUUAUAAUGGCGUAAACGUCAUUAAGGAUAAUGAUAGAAGUGUAAAUAAUUCGUAAUUGUUAUGCUCUUUCUAAAACGAAACAGCUGAUGUUAAAUUAAAAAAAGAGAAUGCAUGCCGAGCACACGUGUCAGAAGUGAAACUUCUUUGGCAAGAUUCAAAGAUACCAAAAUAAAGCCUUACUCCAUGAUGUGACGGUAUUGCCGUGAGGCGAUCUUGAAAUUUUACUCUCGACGCGCCUAAACAAGUUUCGCUUCAAAUAUGUUAAUUUCAUGGAAAUAAUUUGGAGAAAGAAAAAAGUGUUCAUUUCGUCAGCAAGAAAUUAAUUAAAUAUGAUAUAUUUUAUCUCGAGGUUAAAAUUUUAACACAACCAAUUUAAUAAAUCGUAACAAAAAUUUACAUAAUUCUAUGAAUACCCUUUAUCUUGUAACAUUUCAAGGAGAUUGUUUAAUUUUUGUACGAAUAAAAAUUUAAAGUAAAUUGUAAAUAGCUUAAAUUAUUAUCGAUACUUUGGAAUUUGUAAACGAGGAACAACUAGGACAUAAGAAUUGUAAUUUGCUUUAAAUAUUUAAAAAAUAUUCCAUAUAAGGAGAUGUUUAUAAUUUCGCACCUUUGAAGCUACAUUUAAUUUAUUUUAUGUAGAACAGUGUUCCCGUUGUCAGAAUUUGGUGUUUAGUUAAUAAACGAUUGUAUUCUACAAA